UUCAAUCGAAUUCCACACAGUCCAAAUAUCAAUGUCCCACAUAUUACCUCCCCACAAAGUUGCUUUUACUGUUCCAAGAAUUCAUUUUUAGUCAAAUCCAUUUAGUUAGAAGUUUAGUUAUUCUUCGUUGCUUUCUGUUUCUUCAAUCAAGUCUCAUAUGGGCACCUUUGUUUUUGUAUUACAGCACAAGAGAUGCUCGAGAUUGUUGCUGAACGUUUCAUUUCUCUUAGUGGGUGGUGUUAUUCUCUUGGUUUCAUAUUUCACCUCUUCAGAAUUUCCUGUUUCAAGCACAUUUGAUAAAAAUCAAGAAGGCUGCGAGGUUUUGGAGCAGUUAGAUGACUACAAAGCCAAGUGCCUUUACCUGAAAUCUGGUAAUCCUUGUGCCUCUCAAGGCUAUAUUGAUUAUCUUUACCUAUUUUAUUGCAGUUUUGGAAGAUAUCCCUUUCUGGGGUAUUUUCUCAUCUUUCUUUGGCUUUUGGUUCUAUUCUAUCUCCUUGGAAACACUGCCUCUGAAUACUUUUGUUGCUCGCUUGAAAGCCUAUCGAGGCUGUUAAAUUUGUCACCCACGAUUGCUGGAGUGACUCUCCUGUCUCUCGGCAAUGGCGCCCCUGAUGUUUUCUCCAGCUUGGUUUCCUUUAUGGGCACUGGGACAAGUGACAUUGGCCUUAGUACAGUGCUAGGUGCGGCUUCUUUUGUGACUUGUGUUGUGGUUGGAGUUAUAUGCAUUUGCUUGCAUAAAAGAAGUGUUGGAGUUAACAAAUAUGCCUUCAUCAGAGACGUUUGCUUCUUCCUUCUGGUUCUUGCAGUCUUAAUUGUGAUCUUCAUUCGCGGCAAAAUCAAUUUGUGGGGGGCAAUCGGUUUUUUCUCCAUGUAUGUUGUUUAUGUGAUUGUUGUCUAUGUCUCAGCCAUUCGGUAUCAUAAAAGUGGCGAAGAAAUUGAAACGGAAGAAUCUUCAAGCUAUGGUGAUGAUUGGAAUGUAGCUCUCUUAAAUGCUAGUGAAAACAGAGAGUCUAAUUCUUUAGAAGAAGGAAAUUUAGAAGAUGAGACUUCUGCAGAGACCAGUAAUUGUCGCUUUUGUAGUAUGAUUCUUCAUAUUCUUGAGAUGCCCCUUUAUUUACCAAGGAGACUGACAAUUCCUGUAGUUUCUGAGAAGAAAUGGUCUAAGCCAAUUGCAGUUAUUUCUGUGACAUUGUCACCACUUAUGUUGGCAGCCCUUUGGAACCCUGAAAGCCUGAUGGUGUUUGGAAUUGGUUUAUUUAUAGGAAUGGCUCUAGGGAUUCUUGCAUUUGUAACAACAGAGAAAUCAAGCCCCCCCGCAAAGUGCCUAUUUCCUUGGCUGGCAGGAGGUUUCUUAAUGAGUGUUGUUUGGAGUUACAUCACAGCUCAAGAAUUGGUGACCUUGUUGGUUUCAGUCGGAUACAUUUUGGGCAUACAACCUUCACUUCUGGGCCUCACAGUCCUCGCUUGGGGCAAUUCACUUGGAGAUUUGAUCACAAAUUCGACAAUGGCUCUGAAUGGAGGAGAGCAAGGGCAAGGGGCUCAGGUUGCAAUUUCAGGGUGUUAUGCAGGGCCAAUCUUCAACAUUCUGUUUGGGCUAGGCAUGUCUCUCGUUGAGUCUUGUUGGAGAGGUUAUCCAUCGUCAAUGGUCAUCUCGGAAGACCCACUUCUGUUAGAGACAUUGGGGUUUUUAGUGGGAGGAUUGGUGUGGGCACUGGUGGUUUUGCCAUGGAGAGGGAUGAGGCUUGAUGGCGUUUUGGGAGGAGGGCUCAUAGUUAUUUACUUGAUUUCAAUGUCAUUGAGGUUCAUCAUGUAUAUACAUAGUUCAUGAUCUAAAUUUGUAAUACUAUUUGAUUGUGUUGCAUAUAUUUAUUAAUUUGAUCUUUGAAUAA